UGGUGAAGUAUCAAGCCAUGGCUUAGAUCUGUUAGAACGUAACGUCCCAUGGGGAGGGGCGUGUGUGGGAUGAACGACCCUCCCGGUGGUGUUUUUUUUUUUUUAAAUCUUUCUCUUUGUUGCUGAGUUUCGCCGAGAGUGGAAAGUUUAGCUUGGGCUUGGUGAUGGGCAAUAUCCAUAAGCAAACAACUAUAUAGAGCAACGUCCUUCCCGCCACAGACGGGUUUUCCUCUUCUCCCUCCUUCUCUUUCUUCUCUUCAUCUCUUCCCAUAUCCAACUGUCGUGACUUGAUUCAUCUAGCUGUCGCUUCAAGAGACUUUGAAGGACCAAGCAAACAACGUAUAUAACCAGAUACCAUACAUCACUUCAGACGACAACGAGGCUCAGCAAGACACCAUUCAUAAUGUCUAACCUUCCUUCCGAGCCCGAAUUCGAGCAGGCCUACAAGGAGCUGGCCAGCACCCUCGAGGACAGCACCCUCUUCCAGGAGCACCCCGAAUACCGUACCGCCCUCGAGGUCGCCUCCAUCCCCGAGCGUGUCCUGCAGUUCCGUGUCACCUGGGAGGAUGACAAGGGCCAGCUGCGCGUCAACCGAGGAUACCGAGUCCAGUUCAACUCUGCCCUGGGCCCGUAUAAGGGUGGACUUCGAUUCCAUCCCACCGUCAACUUGUCCAUUCUCAAGUUUCUCGGUUUUGAACAAAUCUUUAAGAAUGCCCUGACUGGCCUCAGCAUGGGUGGUGGUAAGGGAGGUUCAGACUUCGACCCCAAGGGCAAGUCCGACAACGAGAUCCGCCGCUUCUGCCAGUCCUUUAUGCGCGAGCUGUCCCGCCACAUCGGCGCCGACACCGACGUCCCCGCCGGCGACAUUGGCGUGUCCGGCCGCGAGAUUGGCUACAUGUUCGGCGCGUACCGCCAGGCGAGGAACCGGUUCGAGGGCGUCCUGACCGGCAAGGGUCUGAGCUGGGCCGGCAGUCUGAUCCGCCCCGAGGCCACGGGCUACGGCCUCGUCUACUACGUCGAGCACAUGCUCCAGCACGCCGGCCAGGGCUCCCUCGCCGGCAAGCGCGUUGCCAUCUCCGGCUCCGGCAACGUCGCCCAGUACGCCGCCCUCAAGUGCAUCGAGCUCGGCGCCACCGUCGUGUCGCUGUCCGACUCCAAGGGCUCGCUCGUCGCGCCCGAGGACGGCGCCUUCCAGCCGGAGCACAUCAACGCCAUUGCCGACCUCAAGGCCCAGCGACGGCCCUUGACCGACUUCAACUACGCCGACAAGUUCAAGUACUACCACGGCGCCAGGCCUUGGGUCCACGUGGGCAAGGUCGACGUCGCCCUCCCGUCCGCGACCCAGAACGAGAUCAACAAGGCCGAGGCUGAGGCUCUCGUCGCCAACGGCGUCCUGGUCGUCGCCGAGGGCUCCAACAUGGGCUGCACCCAGGAGGCCAUCGAUCUGUUCGAGGCCCAGCGCAAGGAGAAGGGCCAAAAGUCCGUCUGGUACGCCCCCGGAAAGGCCGCCAACUGCGGUGGUGUCGCCGUGUCUGGUCUCGAGAUGGCCCAGAACAGCCAGCGCCUCACCUGGACCGAGAAGGAGGUCGACGACAAGCUCAAGUGCAUCAUGAAGAGCGCUUUCCUGGCCGGUCUCGAGACUGCCCAGAAGUAUGUCUCUUCCAAGGAGGGCGAGCUCCCCAGCUUGGUUGCCGGCAGCAACAUUGCCGGCUUCGUCAAGGUUGCUGAGGCCAUGCGCGACCAGGGUGACUGGUGGGCUUAAGCUGCUUGUCUCGACCUUUCAUUUGGGGUUUUUCUUUUUUUUUUCUUUG